AUGGCAUACGGAGAUGAUGACGUUCUAUCUAUACCUUUCCGAAUAUUUGUUUACAUCGUAGCCGGGCUACCUUUAUCUGCCCUUAUUAUAUGUGUUUUAUUCUCAUUGUUAUUGCAUUUCGAUGCCGCUACGAGAACGCACUGUGAAGUUGAGAACUGGUUACCGUCGAUCUCAGCAGCGGUCUCCACCUAUGCUCCUGAAAUGUACAUUUGGCGCAUGUUCAUCGCAGCACAUGCAGGACCACGGUUUAUCGUAGCAUUCGCAACCAGGAACUAUCUACUUUUCUCUCCGUUACGGCCACUAACAGGAGUGCGCAUGUAUAGAUUGCUAUGCAAUGUAGCUUGCACUCUCGAGUUCCUCGAAAAUCUUUUCCUGUUGGGAUUGACAGCAAUUUCUUCUAUCGAGAAUCACGAACUUCACAAACUUUGCUUUUGUGGAUUUGCCAUAACAGCCACAAUAUAUAUGUUGCUUAGUACAUGGCUCUUUCAUUAUUCGGGAAGAAGACGUGCGACAAACCUAGGUGAACGAUCGUAUGAGUAUAAGAUUCUAGCUUGUGCUUGCUCCAUAAUUUCAAUGAUGCUUGCGACAUAUCUAUAUUGGAGGCACAAUACCUACUGCGAGCCAGGAGUGUACACGAUGUUUGCGUUAGCUGAAUACUGUGUGGUGAUCGCUAACAUAGCUUUCCAUUCCACGCUAUAUUAUGACUUCAAUGGCAAGAGCGUCAUAUUGGGAUCAACUGUAGGAGUAGGAAGCAGCGGUUACACCCUGCUGCCCACCCACAUCGAAAAGGAUACGUGAACCAUGGAGACCAGUAGAUUUAGUGCGGUCCACUCUGUUGAAGCAUUUCUGUGCUUGUUUUUGUUUUUAGAUGUGUUUGUAGGCUAAUGCCAGAAAUAUAUUUCACAGAAGCCGAAGCAGCUUCUGAUUAGUCGUUCAUAUCCGUUGCGAACACGAUCUCGAAGGCUUUCUAAACAUGGAGUAAGCAAUGUUUCGUGUCGAAAGCUUGAAUAUAUGAUGCACUAGUGGAAAAGCUCCAUAUGCAAGAGCUGAAUGGGUACACUUUUUACAUAUUUUUGUGGGAACCGUUUUGUUCUAACACAUAUUCACGGGUCACAAUGCACAUAAUAAGUUAAUAUUCUAUCACAUGCGAUGAUGUUUUGGCUGGAGAUCAGAAAGUGGCUUUUUGAUUUUUGUCAGCAGCGCAUUGACUAAGUCUACCUUUUUUGCUUUGAGUUCAUUUCUAAUUGUGCGAGCACUGCUGCGAGCUAUAACGUGGUCAGUUGCCACAAACAAAAAUACUCCUGCAUGUUUGUCUGAAUGUUUAGGCAACUAUCUAUUUUGCUUCGCUUGAUGCAAUUAAUAUAUCCUACUGUGAUUGUGACAUUGCAUACGGUGAUAACAGAGCAUUGCUACAUUUUUUCAAGAUGAAUUGGUUGUUUCUAUAUAUCACUUUGUUCUUUCAUUGUCGAACUUGUCAGUAACGUGAAUGCCAAUGGAGUAGUGAUUUUGCAUAGUUUCAAUCGAGAUUCGAUGAAUUCUUAUACAUUGGUGACU